UGCAACCCCAGUCCUGGGAUGGACGUGGGUGCCUAUCUCUCCCGCAUCGGGUACCAGGGCCCGACAGAGCCCACCCUGGAGAUGCUGCGGGGGCUGCACCGUUGCCACCUGUUCUCGGUGCCCUUUGAGAGCCUGAGCGUGCACUGUGGGGAGCCCAUCACCCUGGCGCUGCCCCUGCUCUACGACAAGAUCGUCCGGCGGCGGCGCGGCGGCUUCUGCUACGAGAACAACGGGCUCUUCCAGUGGCUGCUGCGGGCGCUGGGUUUCUGUGUCGUGGGGCUGGCCGGCCGCGUCCGGAACCGCUUCACCGGGCGCCUUGGGCCACCCUGCGACCACCUGGUGCUGCUGGCCCGGCUGGGGGACCAGCGCUUCCUGUGCGACGUGGGCUUCGGGGACGGCUUCCUGGAGCCCCUGUGGCUGGAGCCAGGCCUGGAGCAGCCGCAGGAGGGCGGCACCUUCCGGCUGGGCCUGGCGGGGGGCGUCUGGGCGCUGGAGCGGCUGCGGGCGCCAGGCGAGGAGGGGCAGAUGCUCUACACCUUCACGCUGGAGGAGCGGGAGCUGGGAGACUUCGCCACCAUGUGCUGCUACCACCAACAGGCCCCCAGCUCCAUCUUCGCCUGCAAGUCCUUCUGCAGCCUGCCCCAGCCGGGCGGCGGCCGCCUCACCUACAUGGGCUGGCGUCUCAUCGCCACGCGGGGCGGGGAGCGCACGGAGACCCCCCUGCAGCCCCACGAGAUCCCCGCCCUGCUGCAGCACGCCUUCGGGGCCCAGCUGAGCGGGACCCUGGUGCCCAAGGACCAGGAGAUACAGCCGCCCCCCCGAAGGGGAGGAGAUGGGGCCAGCUCCCCCCCACUGAAUGAAGGAGCUCCAAGAAAUGAGGUGGAGGGACCCAGAAACACCCCUGGGUGCCCGGCUCAGAGCUGUCGGGAGGGUGAGCUGUAAAACAGGCCGGCCAGGGCAGAAACCUGGCUGGGGGGAGCUGCUGGG